ACAAUUCGCCGCAGCCAACCAAGCAUCUUGCUCACUAGUCAUUCGUGCUCCAUCAUCUCUACGUACGUGCCCGCUCGCCAUGACGCCCAAGACUGCCAAGAAGCGCAAGGCGAGCGACGCCGCCGAUGUAUCGGCCACCUCGUCGACGCUGCAGGUACACCGCUGCCGCUUCGUGGACUGGAUGCCGUCGGCCGUGCACGCGCUGUGCUUCAACGCUGCCGGCGAUCAGCUGGCCGUUGCUCGUGCCACAGGCGACGUAGAGAUCUGGAGCGUGAGCAGCAAAUGGCACCUCAAGUUCGUGCUGGCCGGAUCGGCCCAGAGCCAAGUGUCGGCGCUGUGCUGGACCCCGGACAGCGACCGCUUGUUCGCGUCGUCAUUGGACGGCACCCUCUGGGAACUGGACCUGCAAUCUUUGUGUCGGAAGAACGUGACGGACUCGAACGGUGGCCCCAUUUGGAGCAUGGUCAUGAACGCAGAGACGCAGCAGUUGGCCGUGGGCUGCGAGGACGGCCGCAUCCGCCUCUUCUCGUUCGCAGACGGCCAGCUCUACUUCAGCAAGAGCUUCCUCACCACCGGCGGCCGUGUCGUGUCGCUGGCCUGGCAUUCUCAGGCACACAAGAUUUUCUCCGGCAGUGAGAACGGCAUUAUCCACUGCUGGAACGCCGUGACUGGCCGCAACGAGUCGCGUAUCACGCUCGAGACGCUGACCAAGCAAAAGUCGGUGGUCUGGUCGCUCGUGGUGCUGGACGACCUGACGCUGGUGAGCGGCGACUCGGCCGGCAACUUGAGCUUCUGGAACGCUCCCACAGGCACACUUCUGCAGAAGUUCUCGCACCUGACAGCCGACAUUCUGGCCAUCUGUGUGAGCCAGAGUAACAACACGCUUUUCGCUUCAGGCGUCGAUAACCAGGUCGUCGAGUUCCGUCGCUCGGUGGCCGACAGCGGCAACGCCACCUGGGCCUACUCGUACAGCCACCGUGGUCACAGCCACGAUGUACGUGCACUGGCGCUGUCGGCCAACGCCAAGCCAGUGCUGGUUUCCGGCGGUAUCGACACUCAGCUCGUGUGGUACCGUGGCAACAGUUUCGGUGCCAGCCGGCCAGCCAAGAUCGCGUCGAUGCCGUACCGACAGUCCGUCGCGCUGGCCAACGAGAAGCGCGUGCUAAUGGUGCAGAAGUCGACGUCUCUGGAUCUGUGGCGCUUGGCCACGCAGUCGGCCACCACCGGCGCCAUCACCAAGAAGCGCAAAUUGCUACUGGAGUUAAACGUAGGCAAAGCCCUGAAUUUGUCGUGUUCAGCCCUGGCCCCAAACGCCAGCUUUGUGGCCUGCUCGAACUCCAAGGAGCUGAAGCUUUUCGAGUUAGACACGGAGCAGGAUUUCCAGCCAAAGAAGGUCACUACGCUGCCUCAUAGUGUCAAGGGACCAGCUCGCGUGUUGGCCUUCUCACCCGACUCCACUCGUCUAGUGAUCGCGUCGUCGUCGCACCAGAUCCGCGUUCUAGACCUGUCCAAGAUGGAAGUUCUUAAGACCUUCGAAGUUGACACCCCGGCCACGACUGGAGAGGAGUCUGCUAGCGUGCCGUCUCCGCUGGUUUCGCUCACUAUUUCCUCGGACGGCCAAUGGCUGGCCACUGGUGAUGCAUCUAACAACAUUGCCAUUUACAACUUGGACUCGAUGCAGUUCUACUGCCAGCUGCCUCGCCCCAGUGAGAUGCACACAAGUAUGAGCUUCAAUCCAUCGGGCAAGACCUUGGUGGUCACGCUCGUGUCCAACAGCUUCGUGUGCUACGACGUGGAGACUAAGGGACUGUCUGAAUGGUACCGUCAGAACCACGAGCAGUUCCCCAAGGAGCUUGUGGAAGGCCGUAACCUUAAGGGAAUGGCGUUCGAUCCGGCCAAUCCAGACUUCCUGUACCUUUACUCGCAGGUGAGUCUUUACCAGAUUAACAUGGGCAAGCAAGCGUCCAUCAAGAGUCCGCCAAAGAAGACUCGUCGUCGUGCUAUGAGCGUUGGAACGGAGUCGGACAGCAAGAAUGAUGCUGCGGAGGGGGAACUGGUAGAGCUAGAGGAUGGAUUCUGCCGUGUCGUCAACCGAUACCGUCCGUUAUCCUUCGUCGACUUCGUUGCAGACAACGAACUGAUCAUCGUAGAGACCCCGUGGCUUAAGGUGCUGAGCCGCUUGCCUGGUGCGCUCCAUCGCCAUAAGUAUGGCAAGUAAAUACAUAGAUCCAUAUGAUAUUGCUCAAGUCUUGUGAAUCACACAACGUGAUCUGUAUCGGCGAUGGUGUGGUGUUGAGUGAAAGUGCUUGCGUGAUUGGCCUUCUAUGAGCGUUCAGGUCGGGAAUGAGCUUGGAGUCUGGGAUCACUUGCAUUGCAACUGACACCCAUGUUUGGUGGCUAUCAAACUGGUUGUUGGCUUUCCUCCAGAGUUCGCAGACUCAAUAUUUCACUUUGCAAUUUGGACAUCGCUAGAGCCCCGCAGCGUCCGUGUUACCGUGUAGAUUCAUCCCAUGCUGCCGCGUGAACUGGCCCGCAACGUGUGUUAACAAGUCCAAAGGUGCAGGGAACGCCAUCUAUCUACACGUACACGAUGGAGCUAGCAAUUCAUUUGGGAAAUCUUUACCAACUGAUGGCAGCGCGAGGAAGCUGCGUGGAGUCCACCACAGAGGACAUCGACGAAGGCUUGAUCCCGAGGUUUCUGCAUUUAUUCACAUGAAGAAGAUAGAGGGUGUGACGACAGAAACGGUUAAGACUGCAGUUGGGCUCUUGGAGAAGACUUUGGGUCUUGAGUUACAGAGUCAGAUACCGUGAUCGUAUCAAAAACUAACGUUUGUGGAUCUAGCGGGCAGUGAACGCUGAAGGUGAACGGAUGGGGAGAGUAUUCAAAUCAACACGGGCCUGUUGCUUUUGGCAAUGUCAUUAACGCGCUCGGAUUAGGCGUCGAUCAGCGACAAUGCACAAGUCCUCGACGUUGACUCGAUUACUUCAAGACGCGCUCGGUGGAAAUACCACAUGUAAGCACAAGUGUUAGGGUGGAUAAUGGCUAUCUCUAUGCUACUC